AUGCGCAGUCCACUCGCGACUUCACUGGAAGUCUUGGAUCUGUCAGGAAACAACUUGAGUUUCCUUGCUGCUAUACCACCUGCCUGCCAUACGCUUGUCGUCGUUGAGAACAUGCAGCCACUCCACGUUGCUGCCGGUGAAUUGGCAAAGGCUCUCAGAAGGCAAGUUGUUCUGGAUAUGCGGGAGACUAUUUUGCACAAUGAUUCCAUGAAGGACGUGGAGAUGCUACUCAGUUCCCAUGACAUAAGCAGGACAGUUGAUCGAACGAACUUUCGCACGGACAAAGGGUACGCCUGCUUUGAUCUAGAUCGGAGCACCACCACUCUGGAGAUUACACCAGCAAAGCUCAUGCCAGAGAAGUGGUGCAGUUGCUUGCCAGGUUGGCAUGGCACUGGCAUCAACUGCAGCGAGUGUUCUGAAAAUACCUUCAGCACCAACAUGAGUUCGCCAAGUUGCACGGCAUGUCCAGCAAACUCCACCAGCCCGAAGCGCUCCAAGUCAGUGCACGAGUGCAAGUGUCAGCGUGGGUCUGUGCGCCAGGUCGACAGCAACACUUGGAUUUGUGGAUGUCCACCGGGCCGAGCACUCUUGGAGGACUCCUGUGUGUCCUGCGAAGCUCCUCGGUUUCCCCAAGAUGAAGGACGACUUUCAUUCCCUAAUUUUGUAGCCGGCUACGCGGGCCCGCUUUGCAUGGCAUGCAGUGAGACCUACUUCGAGGCAGGCCGCAUGUGUAUCGAAUGCUCGGAAGGAGGUUUCCCACGGUGGCUCAUCAAAGCCGGCGUCUGUCUGAUGCUUGGUGUCCUGCUCUGUGCCUGCGCAGCAGCCGUUGCUUACUUUGUCGAUCACUGGUCUCCGGGCCACCGGGCAGAACAACUGCUGCAGUACCUGGAAGAGACUAUUUUGGGUGAAGGUGUACUCGGCAACAUGCGAAAGAAGCUGCUGAAGAAUGAGAUCCCUUUGCUCAUUCAGAUGUGUCAGCUUUGGGUCGUUGUUGCGGCAUUCGCCAGUGCCGUCAGCCUUGCACAGGAUGAGACUGCGGGAAGCGGGCUUUGGGAAUUGCCUUACAUGGAGACCUUGCAGCUGACCGUUGAGAACAUACAAGAGCUUCUCGACUUGCAGUGCUACUUCGGUGGUGCUCGGGUGCGUCUGGCUAUCGGGCUACUUGCACCGAUGCUCCCGCUUUUGUUGCUUUUCUGCUGCCUGGGUCUCGAGUUCUUCAACGCCGGAGCAGGAGUCAAUGCAGCCUUGAAGAUUUUGACGCUAUUCUUUAUCGGUGGUGCCUCGAAAUGUUUUUCCUUGCAGAGUUGCCAGCGAUUUGAUGCAGGCCAGGCGUUGGUGACGCGUCACGAUGGCAGAGCAGAGUUCUACCUUCCACACCCCUUUUUUUCCAGCGGCCUUAUUCGUAGUCACAGUGUUGUUGCCGUGUUCUGGCCAUGUGCCAUAUGCUACUCCAUCUUGAUCCCGUGCUUCCUGAUCUACCUCUACCUUCGACAGCACAAGCUGUUGCACAUCAAGCGGGCUCCUCUGCAGGUGAACAACGGGAAUAAAGAUGAGUGCAGCUUCUAUGUUGCCAUGGAGGAGCCUGCGUGUGUACUUGCUCCUUUAAGUCGCAGCUUCUUCAGAUUCUCAGGCAUGUCAGGGUCGGGCAUCCUUCCUCGGGCCUCGCUUUGUAGAAGAUGUUGCCUGCUGCCUGCCUUGCUCUUUGCAGUCUAG